CGAUACCACUUAUAUCCACGACAAUCAGCACUGAAAACGUGAAAUAACAACAGCGCGGUUAUAUGCAUAGCUUCGCCUAUCGGGGACGUCGCCAAAUCCCUUGGGUCAGUUCUUUUACAAAACGAUCAAAACCAACGUAUUGAAGUGUUUACAAGUACUCGUCUAUAUAAGUACCCGAGCGGACGGAACUGGAUGCAUAUCUGGAACUCGUCCUGAACUUGAGGCAGUGUGGGGACAGACGCUGUAUUGGCUGCGCUAAAUCAUGGCCGGGCGUGACAGUACAUUGGCGUUUUACCUGUCUGUGUCACUUAUUGGAGCCAUCGUAGCCUACUACGGAGGUGUUUGGUUUAAACACUAUGGAGGAAAAUGCGUCGACCGGGCAAUAAAAGACAUGACAUUGGACAGUGAUUACACUCUGCAUGUAUACGAUUCAUUUUCGCAUUUGAAACUCGCGUUAGUUGGCAGAGUCGGUCUGGACAAAGACAGCUCCGAUUUCAGAGACUGUGGAAUCAGAGGAGAUACGAAAGCCUUCUGCGUCAAACAGUUAGGUAGACAACAGAUCCAGGUUGUGCGCACUGAGGAAGAAAAUGUCGUCUGCUAUGACGUCAGAAGAAAAGCUCUGCAAAGCGUGUCACAAGAGCUCAAAGAUUGCUUCAGUUUGUCAGGGGCGCAAUGGUACGGUGGCUUCCAACACGUCCAGCAACCUUGGCCCCUGAAUGGGAUGAAUUUAGACUUGCAGCCUUUUGUAUCAACAGACAUAUUCACUCAUAAGAAAGACAUAGGUGGUGUCGUGGAACGGUAUUUCAUCAGUUCAAACGGUGUAGGUAUACGUAUAGGAAAUGACGUCCCCCUUUACGUCAGUAUUAAUCAAUCUGGAGAUGGGGAUAUAUGCCUUGUUAGCAAGUCACAAGGUUACCCAUACAUGACCACCAACAGCGUCCUCCCCGAACUCAACUACACCAUCUGCCGAGCGCCAAAUAUCAAGGUCCUUCACGACGCCAUGUCAAGGUUGUACAUCGACCGCCCAGAAAACAUUCCAGACGAGAAGAUGUUCAAGUUUCCGGUUUGGUCAACAUGGGCCCAAUUUAAUAAAGACAUCAACGAAACACUUGUGGUGGAAUUCGCCAAGACCAUCAAAGAAAAUGGCUUUUCCUUUUCGCAAAUCGAAAUCGAUGAUGACUGGACCCCUUUGUACGGAGACAACGAAUUCGACAUUAAUAAGUUCCCAGAUCCGGGUAAAAUGAUCCGGACACUCAACGACAUGGGAUUCAGAGUGACGGUGUGGGUGCAUCCAUUCAUGGACACCAACUCCAAGGCUUACAUGGAAGGAGCACGAGAGAAACUUGUCGUCAUGACAACCGACGGUUCCGCCCCAGCUUUGGUAAAAUGGUGGAACGGGGAUGAAGCGGCAAUGCUGGACGUCUCCAACGGCAAAGCCGUGCAGAGAUUCCUUGACAGACUGAAGAACCUCAGGACGUCAUAUAACGUCAGUUCCUUUAAAUUCGACGCCGGCGAAGCCUUCUUCUACCCAAGGUCCUACUCCAUUAAGACGUCCUAUCCUAACCCAGAGAACUACGCACGCCUGUGGGCAGAUCUGGCCUAUCAGUCAGACACCGCGGUCAGACACCAGGAAGUACGAGUGGCUUGGACGUCACAAAAGUAUCCUAUUUUCGUGCGUCUUUUUGACAGGAUGUCUUCUUGGGGUUAUGAUACUGGUCUUAAAACCGUCAUUCCAGCCAUCCUUACAUUUGGUAUCCUUGGUUACCCGUUUGUGUUGCCCGAUAUGAUUGGUGGGAAUGCGUACCCAGAUGACAGCAGCUUCACUGGAGGGGCCUAUCCUGAAAGGGAACUCUUCAUACGAUGGUUACAAGUGAAUACUUUCUUGCCAGCUGUCCAGUUUUCAAUAGCACCCUGGAUAUACGACAUGAAGGUGGUUACUAUAGCUAAGGCACAAAUGAAACUACGUGAAAAAUAUACCGAUACAAUUAUUUCAUUGGCUAAAGAGAGUGUUAAAACGGGUAGUCCCAUUAUACGACCGCUUUGGUGGAUAAGCCCAGAAGAUGACAUCGCCUUAACAACUGAUUCUGAGUUACUAGGGGACGAUCUCCUAGUGGCUCCUGUCCUAGACAAGGGAGCUAACUCCCGAGACAUUUAUCUACCUGGGGGAUUAUGGGUAGAUCAGCUCACUGGCGAUAAAAAGCAGGGUCCCACGUGGCUGAAGGAUUACCCAGCUAAAAUAGAAGAUCUCCCGCAUUUCAGAAGACAGAAAGAGACGUAAUGGUGUUAUUAGUAAAUUGGGCAAUGUUGUGAAUGUAGAUGAUGGAGUGUUGUGCUGUAUAUACUUAUGCCUGCGGAUGGGUGACAGUUGUGGUCAUUUUCAAUUAAUAUCAUUUAGACUCAUAGACGUUUCAGGGCCCGCAUAUCGCGGGUUCGAAUCCCAUACAUGUCCGCAUUAUGAACCCUGGUCUGUCGUCACAACACUCAUCCUCGUCAAAAUUGCACAGCUACAUGUCUUUGAUUUAGCACCUUCUUCCAAGAUAAUAUAUCAAAACCGGUGUUUCUUAAAUAUUUGUCAUUCAGUUACUUCCCGUUCUUUUUAAACAACGGUUUACGUUGAAACAUGUUAAAAUUAUACAUUUAUGCCGUAGAAUAUCACCUGUUCUGUUAACAUGUUUUUGGAAGGCACAGGAACAAACAACACGAAAUCGUCGAAAUUAACUGUUAAAGUAUUGGAAAGUCGCAAAUUUUGCAAGGCCCUGGGUACCGUCGGACAUAACAGCCUUAGCGAAAGCACUGGCGUAGUUCUAUGGUAAUUGGAGAUCACCUGAGCGCUAAGAUCGCUUUCUUCAACGACACCAAGGACGUAACUGCACGAAGCGCACAGUCGUAACUGUUCAAGUAUUUGCGUUACGAUCACCUUAACGAUAAGAUCGCUUUGAACGACACCCAGGUCCUAACUACAUGAAGCGCACGCACUAAGCGCAACGACCGACAGUCGUAACUGUUCAACUGUUCGCUUUGUACAACGACACCCUGGCCAAACUGGACGAAGCGCACUUACGCUUCAACCGACAGUCGUAACUGUUCAAGUGUUGGCUUUACGAUCACCUUAACGAAAAGAUCGCUUUGUACAACGGCACCUGGGGCCCCGUUCCCCAAACCGAUCGUAGCGCUACGACUGUCGUAAGUAUAUGUUAAAGUAUGGGAGUUACGAUCAUCGUAGCUAUGCGAUCGCUUUGUGGAACGGGGCCCAAGCGAUGAAGGACGACUACCGCGGAAUGUAUAUGUAAUUCACGUAACACUUGUUGCCGAAAUAUUGCAUUGUCAUCUCAGUAAAGUAAGCCAUUCCGAAUACACUACAGCAAAACCGUGAUAGAGCUGUAACACAGGUGUACUGAGAUGGUGUACGUCAGCGUCAUGUGAGCGGGUUACAGGAGUGAUAUGGAUGACACCGUUGUGACGUGGCAGAUAUAAGGUUGGUUGACCGAUAAUCUCAUCGGUUAUCGUGCUCAGACGCUAGGAAACGAGAACGAAUUCGAAAACUACUGAAACAUUUUCUGCUUAUAAUAUUCAAGUUGUCCAUUCACAAACUAAGCAGCUCUCGAACUGAAGCCUGUUUUGGGCAAAACCACUUUCCCCAAGGCUCACAUACGAGACAGAAAAUAUACUGGACAAAACUAGUUAGGGAUAUAUGUAAAUUUUGAAAUUAUGAAUAAAGACCUAUUUAUUAAUUGACACACUGAUAAAAUAUCACUCAUAAAAAUACCAAUAUCCCUAACUUAUUUUGUCCAGUAUAUAGUUGCUUUCGAGACCAACAGAAAGACGAAAAGUAUGGAGUGAGUGAGGUUGGUUUUACGCCGCUUUUAGCAAUAUUCCAGCAAUAUCAUGGGCGGGGGACACCAGGAAUGGGCUUCACAUCACGAGACACAAAGUGGGAAACAUAUUAAUUGCUUUCUGAAAGAUGAUAUAAGCAUAGUAAUGAUUUCGAUCUGCGACGGUAGAAUAUUUUCAAAUGUUUGAAAUUUCAUUUAACCGGAUUUAAAACAGAGAAAAUUCAAAGCCUAUAUUCUUAUCACAACUCGCCAAAAUGUAGAGCCACGUGUCUUCAGGAACAUGAAACACCGGUCUCUGUGAUGUAGCCUUGACAUUAACCUUGUUCCGUGGCCUUGAACUUCGACAAUGGUGAUAAAUAUAUCAACUCACGGUCGCUAGGCUCUAUUGUCUCUUCUUCUCUGUACAUACCUCACUGAUAGGACUAGCUCACUGCCAGUUAUAUAACUGUUAUAUAUAUAUAACUGCCACUGUUGUAUAACACACGAUAAUAGCCAUGUUGGUGAUGUGCCACUCAGAUAUUUAAUAAAUGUGACAAUGAAGCCAUAGUACCCAUCAUUCAGAGCUACAGAUAACUUUUGGGGUCAUUGAGUUAUGUACUCGCUUGUGUACAUCUCAUUUGGUAUCCUAAUUUUCCUUUGAGUAACCAAAUAAAUUAUGCCCACCUCACUCAAACUCAAUUGGUUAUUUUGUCAUUUUCCAUUUAUUUGUGAAAAUAGAAUUAAGUCUACAUGUUGGUUUUUUAUAUUUGAUCUGUAAUAUGAGAAAACAUAAGAAAGACUGCAAGUUGCCAAGUUCAUGUGCUGAAAUAGAACCUCACAAUAUACCUCAGUUAUUCUAUCUAUCUUCAGUAACCUCCAUCUGUAGCUAGCGCAUGGGUCUGCUUACUUCAAAUUCUAGUAGGUUUGGUGAAUGAUACAGUACGCAAGCUAAGAUUUGACAUUGUUUUGAGUACGUAUGUAAGAUCAAAUGUAUCGAGAAUUUACAAAAAUACAAGCGCAACAGACUUGAUAGGAAUUGAGUUAAAUAUUUGCGUAGUUUACGUAGACACGCAGCUUAUCUGUACCGCUGUAUCAUAAUAGAUUUUGUCAAUGAAUAAAACAAAAAUAUAUUUUCUU